CUCCGUUAGAAAAAAGGCAAAAGGCCAAGACGAGACGAGAACGGUAUAAGGGUGCGGCACUAUAUUGAGUUUCGCCGGCAAUUCAAUUUGUCGAGACCCCUUCCCCAUAUUUCCUCACGCGCUAGUACUCUGCACGGGGAAAUCCCUUCCAAGUAGUGUAGAAGUUCGGAAGAACAGCCGUAGAAAUGCAGAUUCGGGUCAAAUGCAGUUGCGGUGAAAACUGCCCAGAAUGGGCGAUUGUGGAGCUUCAAGGUGUUAUUGAAGCCCAACCCGCUUUUGCAGAUCGCCUUCAGAACCUCCAAAUCGGCGUCCUCUGCCGGCCGUCUUCUCAGGAGAUUUAUACAUUUACUGUUGGGUACCAUGAGCUAACAGGGAAUAGAAUAACCUUGAAGAAACCUAUGCUAGUACUGAAGAAAAACAAGCUUUUGAAGGAGGAAAAUAGUGAGAGCAACUCGGCUAAUGUGGAAUUGGAUGUAAUCGGGAUUAUUCGACAGAAAAUUCUCUUCAAAACCAGACCAAGGGCUCUUAUAUCCAAAUCACAACCACCUGUGAAGAAAAAGCUAAUUGAAGCCAAGUCAUUAGAGUGAAUGGGACUGAGAAUUUGUGGAUUUGGAUUGUGUAAAGAGCUUAGAUUGGCUUAAAACAAAUCUCUCUGAAGAAAAAUUGAACGCUCUCAUAUUUGAAUAUUUGAUGCGUUGCAAAGAUUCAGACUUUACCUGAAUAUCAUCACGGACUAGCAUUCCAGAUUACAUAACUGGAAACAUUUUGUACACUUGCAUCGUAUUAAACCUUGACACUUUGAAUUACAAUGUUUGUGCUAGAUAGUUUGUUUCUGAAGAAUAUUGUAAUUGAUAGUCACGCUCAGGGGCGGAACCAGGGGAGCGAGCCGGUGCUGGCGCGUCCCCUUCGCCGGAAAUAAUUAUGUAUAUAAUAGGUAUAAGUUCUGAGCCGCCCAGGGUCUUCUUCUGCCUUUCCCGUUCUGCACCAAGCUCUGCGUAUCAAUGGCGUUUGUUUCUUUCGA